GAUUCAUGCUCGUUGUGUAAUACAUGAUAUUGUGGACAUUUUUUUAAUACAUGCAUCAUGUAUGAACGACUAUAUAUAUGCACAUCUAUGUCUGAAUGAACAUAUAACUUGUGUUCUUACUUGUAUGCACAUCUAUUUUGAUUUAUACAUGCAGCAUGGCCGACCCAAAACCAAAGAAAGGUGGUACUAGAACUUAUCUUCAAUGGACUCCUGAGAUGGACACGGCAUUGUUGGAUACCCUUGUUGAGCAUCACAAUAAUGCUGACCGUGCUCAAAAUGGUUGGAAGCCACAUGUGUACAAUGCGUGCAUUAAGCAUGUGAAGGAGACGUGUGGGGUUGAUAUCACAAAGGACAAAAUCCAAGCAAGAAUUAAAACAUUUGACAAGCAUUAUGAGAUCAUUAGCAAGAUGCUUACUCAGAGUGGAUUUGGAUGGGAUUCAGAAAAAAACAUGGUGGAGGUUGAUAGUGAUGAAGUGUGGUCUCGUUAUGUUGAGGCCAACAAGGAAGCAGGUUGCUACAGGAACAAGGUCGUGAUGAAUUGGCAAGCUAUCCAGACUAUAUAUUCAAGAGACCAUGCAACUGGAGUAGGUGCUGCGACUCCUGCUGAGUCUGUUCAAGAACAAGUCACACCCGCUCCUGAAGAAUCUCCAGAAGUGCCUCAGAAAAGGCAACGUACCGGGGAAGCUAUCUUGUGCAUGAUGGGAGAAAUGAGGACAUCAUUUGAUGAAGCUUUGAAAGCAACCGAGCCACUUCCUAUGCCAAAGGUGACUCCUCCAACUGAAAUCUAUGAUGCACUCAAGAAGUUAAAUUUCGAAGAAUCGGAUCUGCUCAAAGCUUAUGGGAAGUUGAUCAUCAAUGAACGCUUGUUUGAAGCACUGAAGGCGCUACCCGAGGAAAUUAAGAAGCCAUGGCUCCUGAGCUUGCCUUGAUUGUUGCAAAGAAGAGUGGUGACUGUUAUAAACUAGUUUCUACAUUUUUUGUCUACGAACUACCCGGUUUAUGCUACGUUUGUGCUAUUUGUGUGCUAUUUGUGUGCUACGUGUGAGAGACAUGAAGUACCAGCUUUGUGGUACUUGUUAGAGAAACAACUAUUUUAUCCACUUUUAAUUUUUUCGGUACUACACGCCAAUUUUGUGUCAUGUCUUUUUUUAUAUCCACCUUAUUCCAUUUAA